GCAGCCUUUUGUUCGUUGAUAUGAUCUUUUUCAUUUAGCAUCUCUUCGAGUUCCGACCGUAUGAGAUAGCAGGGGCUUGAGUUCAUGGGUCUCCAUCUCGUCGAAAGCGUCAUGGAAAAGCAGCCUCUGAGUGAAAAAAUCCGGGCGCUCUCGUUGGAGUGGGACACCAAAGACAAUGUGGGCGACUUCUUUGUCGACAGGCUGUGGCCGCAGCUGGAGUCGGACUACCAAGACAUGCUGGUUGAAGCAAAGAGAUAUCUGUUGGACCAGCUGGGCAAAGACAGAAACGUGUCGGGCGUGGCUAGCUUUGUGCAAGCGCGAGUAAAGACGGCCGAAUCAAUCCGCAGGUCUGUCCAAAGACGAAGCAAGAGCCAUGACAUCGUUAGCCCUGCGGAUAUUUUCUUUCACGUCCAUGACCUGGUGGGCUUGAAGGUCAUUGUCGACGUGCGAGGAAACGUUUUGAAAAUGAACGAUUUCGUGGCGGAUUGUUUCCAGAGGGUACAAGGAAAGGACAUGGUCCGUCACGAAUUGCUCCGACAUGAUUCUACCGAUGAAGUGUCCGAGUUUGGUGCCUACGAAGCCUACAACCACCACAUUCACCUCCCAGACGACUACAAAGUCUCCCGCUUCACCAAUGUUAUAUUUGAGAUUCAGGUUACAACCAUUGGCGAAGCUCUCUUCAAUAUUCUUGAUCAUGACAUGAAUUACAAAGGCGGUGCGGGGCCUCUUUCGGAUGAGCAACGGGCAUGGCUGGACAAUCUCAAGAGCGCCACCAAGCAAAUUGGUCUAUCCAUGGCACAUUUGACAGACAAAACUCAUCAGGGGAGCAAGCUGGAGCAAAUAUACCAACUUUUGUGCAAGACGGCCAAUGAUGUGAAAGGGAAGCCACGGUCCGAUUUGCUCUGCUCACUUUCCGACGAGCUCCAGUCCCUCGUUCCAGACGGCCAUGGCAUCAAGGAAAAACGGCGAAAGAAACUUGUUCAAAGCUUCAAGUUUCCCGACUUGAACAAGCGUCGUAACAUGAUCGUUGAGACCUGCCCAGAGACCUACCAGUGGAUCUUUGAGCGAGACGAUCAAAUAAAUGCACAAGCAGCGACAGUUGGACAUGUCGAGUCUCCACCCUGGCCCAGUUUCAGUGAUUGGGUCAAGUCGGAGCCUUGUUUCUUCUGGAUCAGUGGGAAACCCGGCUCUGGCAAAAGUACUUUAAUCAACUUUAUCCUCCAGGACCCACGCACCAAAGAGCUGCUAGAUCAAUGGAAGCCUGGCGCCGUUAUUAUAUCCCACUUCUUUUGGAAAGCCGGCAGCGCCUUGGAAACGUCCCUGAUGGGAAUGCUUUGCUCAUUGGUGCACCAACUGGCCGACGAAAACACAUACGUACAACACUUGAUCAUGGCUCGGGUGUCCAAAUGGAAAAAGAAGCAAAAUCCUUCCGACUGGCAUCAAGGAGAACUCUCCUCGCUGCUUGAUACAAUUCUUACCAAAUUCCCAUGCCCAAUCUUUGUCCUGAUCGACGGGCUGGAUGAGGUUUCAGAUAAAAGGGAUCGGCUGGAUCUUAUACAAACGCUGAACCGCUUCCGAGGACUUCGCAACGUCAAGGUCUGCGUUUCGAGCAGGCCAGAACCGUUUUUCCAGGAAAGCUUUAGGAAUGAACAGCAUCUGAGGUUGCAGGAUCUCACAAAAGGCGAUAUGCAAAAAGAAGCCUCGGCCAUUCUUGAAGAUUGGUCUGACAAGUAUGGAAAGAAAGAGGUUACAGAUCUCGGGGAAGCACUAGUACAAAAGGCCGAAGGGGUGUUCCUUUGGCUGCACCUGGCCGGUUUGAGACUGAAGGAGGGCUUCCACCGGGGCGACACCAUGAAUGAGCUUGAGCAGUGUCUGGAGGCUCUUCCUGUUGAGCUGAACAGGCUUUACGAGGAGAUGUGGCUCCGAGUAAACGAGGAUAAAAAGUCAAAACAAGUGGCAGCGCACUACGUCAACAUUCUGGUUCAGCUGAAUCAUGUCAAACAUAGAGGCUCUUUGCCCAACUUGCUGGUGGCUGCAAUCGCAACUUUCCCAGGUCGACAGAUGUUGAUAGACCGUUCCAAGGCCGAUGUCGAUCUGACCAUCUUUACAGCACACCACAAGGAGGUCCAGAGAAGCCUAACACACCGAUGCGCUGGGAUUUUCCAAGUCACCGACCAAGGCUCAGAAGUCAACCCAAUUCACCGCUCCGUCUUUGACUUUUUCGUGGAUACAGAAGAAGGUUUAAGGAUACGGGGCUCCGAUCCCUGCCCCCAUGACCAGACAGUCACCAACAUCCUAGAAGGACUUUUUGCUCUCCAACGAUUCACAUCGUUUGCAGAUUGUGUCAAAGUCAACACAGCCAUUUGCAUCAUCAGAAGGCAUACCCAAAUUUCCAAAGACCUGCUGCGGACAUAUGCACACCUCAUCAAGCCCUGGGGCCCCAGAAAGCCUGGGCACUGUGCCCAUAUACUAUCAUGGCUACUCGUAGAGUGGCGCCAGGCCCGCGAGCAACCAAGGUCCCACGACGAGAUGCAGAGGGACCACCACCAUGUCCAGCAGUGUGUUGAAAAAUUCAUCCAGCAGUGCAGACGGCCAAAAGCGCUGGCAUCUUGGAUCUUACGAGAAACUACGGGUCGCCAGCACAAAGACAUGCGUGACAUGCUUCUGGGCCAGGGCGCCGACAUGUGGGAAAGGGGAGUGGCUGGCGACAGAUCCUGGCUCUGGUGGGGGCACAAGUUCUCGAGGGACGUGGUAACAUAUGCAUCCGCCGGUGCUCUGGCGCUCCUCGACAUUUGGAAAAAUGGGUUGCCCGUCGAUUCGGGGCCUCUUUCUCUCACGGCCGAGAACUUUGACCCCGGAGAGUGCGUCCCAUUGAGAUUCCGCUCCACAGAGUCGUGGGACGGCGGUACGUUGCCCAAGGAUUCUGUCAAUUACUGCGUCAACAUCACGCUCAAAGCCAACCUGGCUCUCCUGAUUGAAAUACUCAAACCCUUGGAUGUUCUGUCGGGGAGCUUCCUGUUCAGGACCUCUUCGGUUCCACCAAGCGUCAGCCUCCUGCUGGUGGAGUACGAGCCUCUCCAGAUAGAUACCCGAGCUAGGGCGUUGCUCGCGCCGUCUGACGAAAACUUGUCAGAUCUCAUUGCCCACGAGAUUAUGCACGCCCUGGCCCUCUCGAACAGAUAUGGUGAUUGGGUGGAAUUGCAAAGCGGGAGCGUACCCGAAACGCACAAACUCGUUCAUGGUUUCCUGCAGAACCCCAAUGACUCUUUUAAAUUUGUCAACGAGCCGGCAAAGAACUUUUUGGCAAGGCAUGAUUGUGGAUACCGAAUGGUCAAAGAUCUUGAACCGUGGGAGCUAGAUGAGCUGGACAUGUGUCUUGAAGGAGAACAUUAGCCAGGGCUGACAUAUUGACCGGGCCCCUACAAGUGAAGUGAGAUGGCCCUCAAUAGUCUAGCCCUAUACAAACGGUGGUUAUCCAGUGAUCCUUUUCCAUCAUCCUCCAGACUCGAUAUUAAUUCAAGUGUUAGCCCAUCUCCAGCAGAAGCCAAACUUCACCCAAACAGCAUUGGGCAUAUCAUUUUUUAUAUUUAUACAAUGUUGUAUUGUAUGAGUAAACUCAGGCAUCAAGUACUAUGCAGACACGCAUAGACUCCAGCAACGUGAAUAUAGCAAGCCCCCCUGCAACGCUUAACUCCAUACGUCCCAGCCAGCCAUAGCCUACCUGCUUUUCCUCCCACUGGACAGAAAUAUAAUGUUACAAAGAGCCAAGAAAAAAAAAGGACCAAGACAAAGAAAAUGGUACAGUAUACACCAGUAGACAGAUAUUAUUUACAAUAUAAAAACAGCAAGUUAGAAAAAAAAUC